UCUUUAGGCCUUGUUUCGUUCUUUCUGGGUUUCUGUCUGCCCAUCUUUUUUAUUUUUUUUUGGGCGAUUUAUUUAAUGGUUUUUGGAAAUUGUGGGCUUUUGUAGAGAAACAGUAUUAAUGGAGGAAAACCAGAGAACCAGGUUCAGGAAAAUUUGUGUUUUUUGCGGAAGCCACUCGGGUCGCAGAGAAGUUUUCAGUCAGGCUGCUGUUGAACUUGGCAAUGAACUGGUGAAGAGGAAGAUAGACUUGGUUUACGGUGGAGGAAGUGUCGGGUUGAUGGGAUUGAUCUCACGAAGAGUCUAUGAAGGCGGUUGCCAUGUUCUCGGGGUCAUUCCAAAAGCUCUAAUGCCAAUUGAGAUAUCUGGUGAGACAGUUGGAGAAGUAAGAAUUGUGGCUGAUAUGCACGAGCGCAAGGCUGCCAUGGCCCGAGAGGCCGAGGCCUUCAUCGCACUCCCUGGAGGUUAUGGAACAAUGGAGGAAUUGCUGGAAAUGAUAACAUGGGCACAACUCGGUAUCCACAAAAAAACGGUUGGUCUUUUGAACGUUGACGGGUACUACAACAGUUUGCUUGCCCUGUUUGACACGGGCGUCGAAGAAGGUUUCAUCAAGCCCGGUGCUCGUAAUAUCGUUGUUUCCGCCCCGACAGCCAAAGAACUUCUGGAGAAGAUGGAGAUAUAUACUCCUUCACACAAGCAUAUCGCUCCUCUUGAAAGCUGGAAGAUGGAACAGCUCGGAGAAUACACUGAUCAGCAAAACGCUCAGUGAAAAACACCUACCGAGUUGUUGUACUUCAAUCCCAUUUCUCUUUAGUUGAUUCUUGAUGUGGUGAUUUUGAGCGUUUCUUGUGUAUAAGCAAAACCAAUCUUUUAGUUUUACUCAGAACAGCAUAUUCCCUCCCCGGCUCGCAAGGCGUUUCGGGGUCUGCAAUCUUUCUUCCCCCUGUUGAAUCGA